AUGAUGAUGGGAAAAGAAGAUCUUGGUUUGAGCCUAAGCUUAGGUGUUUCACAACAUAACAAUCCUAGUUCUUCUAUAUCCAACAACCUCCAUAGAUUUCCAUGGAACCAAACGUUCGCUUCUACACCAGAUCUUGGCAAAAUAGACGUGAACAGUCUUCCAUCAACGGUGGAUUGCGAGGAGGAAGCAGGAGUUUCAUCUCCUAACAGUACGAUCUCGAGCACCAUAAGCGGCGGGAAGAGGAGUGAGAGAGAAGGAAUCUCCGACCACGAUGAGAUUACUCCGGAUAGAGGUUACUCACGUGGAACCUCCGACGAAGAAGAAGACAUGUUAGGAUUUAAACCCUUUGUCUAG